GUGGUAUGCAAAUUGGAGGUGGAAUCAGUGCAGAUAAUGCCAAAGCUUAUCUUAUGGAAGGGGCUAGUCAUGUGAUAGUCACAUCAUAUGUCUUCAAUGAUGGGAAAAUGGACCUUGAACGGCUUAAACAUCUUGUCAAUUUGAUUGGCAAGGAUAAUCUUGUCUUGGAUCUUAGUUGCAGAAAGAAGAAUGGUAAAUAUGCCAUAGUUACUGAUAGGUGGCAGAAGUUCAGUGAUGUUUCUGUUGACAAGGAAACAUUGGAGUUCCUUGCCAAAUAUGCUGAUGAAUUUCUAGUUCAUGGUGUUGAUGUUGAAGGGAAAAGGCUUGGAAUCGAUGAAGAUCUUGUGAUCUUACUCGGCAGUUAUUCACCAAUUCCAGUUACUUAUGCUGGUGGGGUGACCACAAUGGCAGACCUGGACAAGAUAAAAACAGCAGGUAAGGGACGUGUUGAUGUCACAGUUGGCAGUGCCCUGGAUAUCUUUGGAGGUGAUCUCGCAUACAACGACGUUGUUGCUUGGCACAAGAAGCAAUUGAUGAUUUGCCAAUAGCUUUUUAUGAGAUUAAAAAUUCCACAUGAUUUUUGGUCAGAAAUUCAUUCUCGUGGAGUUAAUUUAUGAGGAUGCCAACAUUGUGUCAUGCAAUGUGAUAGGACUUCUUAACAACUAAAUCAGUAAUAAUGUUUCAUCAAUCCAAUGGUAGCUACUCCCUAAAUAACUGUCGUUUGUAGUUUAUUUUGCUAAUUUUUGGUAAAAACAUCUGUUUAAUUUAUCUACAUACAAUUUCUAUCAUCCAUGCUAAUUGUAGUUGCUGUAUUCAGCUGCGUUGUAUCUUCAACAUCCUGAAAUCAGACUACUUGAACUGUACCUUUUUAUACAUUCAUUUUGGGCAUUUUCUAAAGCAAACCUUCAAUAAAUUAUGUUAAAAGUUAA